AUGGAACAUAAGCAACUGAAGAAGAUGGGCAUCCAGAAGAAGUCUGAGACCGUCAGAGUGGUUAUCAGAUGCAGACCUUUAAGUAAGAAGGAAGUAGCCGAAGGCAGAGAAAAGGUAGUCAACAUGGACUAUGCUAAUGGAGAAGUUCUCGUGCAGAAAUCUGUUGAAGAAGUCCCAAAAAGAUUCACAUUUGAUUGUGUGUAUGAUGAAAAUACUAAGCAAAAAGAUAUUUUUGAUGAGACUGCUUUUCCUAUUAUUGAAAAUAUUCUGGAAGGAUACAAUGGGACUAUAUUUGCAUACGGACAGACUGGUACUGGCAAAACUCAUACAAUGGCAGGAAUUCUUGAUAGUGAUGAACAUAAAGGCAUUACCCCUAGAGCUUUUGAGACCAUUUUCAACUCUAUCAAUAUUGAUGAGACUAAGCAGUAUCUGGUCAGAGCAUCCUAUCUUGAAAUCUACAAAGAGCAAGUGCUUGAUCUACUCAAUAAAGGAGGAGUUCAGAAGCUUGAGUUAAAAGAGAAGCCAGGUUCUGGAGUCUAUGUCAAAGAUCUCUCCACAGCUCUUGUAGAAAACCCAGCAAAGCUUAUGGAGAUCAUGGUCAGAGGUAAUAAGAACAGACAUGUAGGACAAACCAAAAUGAACCAUGAGUCCUCAAGAUCUCAUUCUAUUUUCACAGUCACUAUUGAAUGUGCAGAAGUUGGAGCUGAUGGGAAAGCACAUAUUAAAGUCGGUAAAUUAAAUAUGGUUGAUUUGGCUGGGUCUGAAAAACAAAGUAAGACCCAAGCCGAAGGAGUCAGACUUGAAGAAGCUAUCAAAAUCAAUUUAUCUCUGACAACCUUGUGUCAUGUAAUCUCCUCUCUGGUUGAUGGAAAGAGUAAUUAUGUUCCUUACAGAGAUUCCAAACUGACCCGUCUAUUGCAAGAUUCUCUUGGAGGAAAUACAAAGACUGUCAUGGUCGCUAAUAUUGGCCCAGCAGACUAUAACAUGGAUGAAACCUUGUCUACUCUAAGAUAUGCAUCAAGAGCCAAGCAUAUCCAAAAUAAGCCUCGGAUCAACGAGGAUCCUAAGGAUGCAAUGCUGAGAGAAUUCCAAGAAGAAAUCCAAAGACUUCGUCAACAGCUUGAAAUGGCUGGAGGAGCUAAAUUCAACCCAGACGGUACUCCAGCUCCUGGAGGGGUCGUAGAGGUCGAAAAGGUAGUCUACGAAGCUGACAAAAAGCAAAUGAAAAAACUUGAGAAGAAAAUCGAAAAAGAAAAAGCUCUCAUCAAAGCUAAAGCAGAAGAGGAGAGAAAGAAUAUUAUAGAGCAAAAGAAUAUUGCUGAGGAAGAAAGACAGCAACUUCUCGACGACCUUAAGAAGAAAGAACAGGAUCAGGAGAAGUCCAAGACAAAACAGCAGAAACUUCUGAAGCGUCUCAAAAAUAUGGAGGAGAAAGUUCUUAUCGGAAAUGAAGUCAUGAACAAAGCUAUGAAGCAAGAAAUAGAACUUCAAAAGACCAGAGCUGAUGUUGAGGAGAAGAGAAGAGAACAGCUCAGAAUCCAACAGGAACUCCAAGAAGCUGAAGACAAGAAGAUCAAUCUUCAGAAAGAAUAUAAGAAUCAAUCAGAAGAACUUGUAGGCAAGAAAGAGGAAUACCAGAAAAUAUGGACCAAGUACCGAGGUGCCUUAGAUGAGAAGAACGACCUUGAAAUUGAUAUCCAAAGGGAGAGAGAAAGCCUAAUGAUGCGUAUAAGAGAACUCACUAACGAUAUCAGGCUGAAACACCUCAUAAUCGAUAAUUACAUGCCAGCCUCAGAAUAUGUUAAAAUCGAACGGAGAGCUGAAUGGAACGAGGAGGUCAAAGAGUGGCAGAUCCCAAACCUUGAGUAUACAGGAAAUAAUAUUAAAAAGAAUAAGAAAGCUAAGAAGGAAGGAAAGAAGAUCGAAGAACUGGAAUCUAAUUUCUUAUACGAACACAUUCUCAACUUUGAAGAUGAUUCUGAGGAAGAAGAUUACAAAGAAGCUGCUUCCCAAAGAGUUAAGAGCAUGAUCAGCAACAUUCUUGUAGAAGAGGGAGAAGAAGAAGAGUUAGUUCCAACAGUCACAGAACAACAGCAAGCGAUUUAUUAUAAAUAUACUGAAAAUGGAGCUGAAAGAGAAGAUCCUGAGAAAUCAAAGAAAAAGAAGGAUAAGAAAAAGAAAGGUCUCCAGAGUGGUAAAAGACCUAUUACUGCUAAGAAGAUGAAGAAAGGAGAUAUUGUCUCUAUGGUCGAGACAAUGACAAAUGCCCAAAGUGUCAAUAAGAUCGAGAGCAAGAAGGGAACUAAGCAGAAACAUUUCCCAAAGGCAAAGGGACUUGGUUCAUAA